CUCGACGAAGGGCUCAUCAGAAACGAACCGAUUUUCUCUGAACUGCCUUUAUGACUAAGGUGGCAAGCAUAAUAUCAAAUGGUGCAUUAUCAUCGCUGUUGUUAUGCAAUUGUCGCCGUCUCUUACCCUAUGGCGGGAUGUACUCACCAUGACAUCACAAGUCGCUUCAUCCCAACUUGAGGCGACAGAUAGAUCCAAAUAACGUACAACUACCAAGUCUAUUCCAAAAUUCACUGUACAGGUCAAUAUCCUGUUUAACUGUAAUAUAAGCAUGAGUUUCGAUCUCCCCUCUGUUAGCGAACUCAAACGCGCGGCCGAGGUUGGCCAGCGCAUCACACCCGAAGAUGUCUCCGUCAUAGCACAAGCAGAGAGCGAGUUGACAGGCAAAGGGCCUGUGAGAGGAGGACCUGCCGCAACGGCGCAGAGUCUGGCGAUGCGGCAGAUGAACUUUGACACGAAGUUGGAUGAGGUCUCGAGGAAGCCGCAGAGCCAUAUCACCCAGGAGGAUGCACGAGAGAUACAAGCUACGGAGGGUCGCGCAUUCAACAAGCCACCUGGUGCGGGCUCCGUCGCCGCUCAGGUUCGCUCCAUUGCCAACCGCAACGAGGCCCUGGGCCUCCCACCCGUCAACGCAGGCGUUGAUGCAUAUGUGACUAAGGAUGAUGCACGAGAAGCGCAAAGAGCUGAAUCGUUUGUGUAUGGAGGGCAGAACCCCUCGGGCGGGAUGGCGGCUCAGAUGCAGAGCGCUGCCGAUAAGAUAGAGCAUGUCAGAAGUGUCAGCGGUCAGGAAUGA